GGUCUCUGUUACGCCGAAUUCGGCGCGCGGGUGCCCCGUGCCGGAUCUGCGUAUAUUUACAGCUACGUGACAAUAGGUGAAUUUAUAGCAUUUCUCAUGGGUUGGACCUUGAUUCUGGAAUAUGUGAUCGGCUCGGCUAGUGUGGUGCGUGCUCUCAGCACGUAUGUUGAUGUACUCUUCGACGAUAGUAUGAAACACUUCUUUGAAUCGGUGAUGCCUAUCAACAUCAGUAGUCUAUCGUCAUAUCCAGACUUUUUUGCACUCGGCGUCACGCUGAUAUUUUCAGUCGCUCUUGCUUUUGGAGCCAAGGAAUCUUCGAUGGCGAAUAAUAUAUUCACUUUAGUGAAUCUAUCUGUUGUACUUUUCGUCAUAAUUGCUGGUUCCCUGAAAGGUAAAUUUUGUCAAAUCUAUCUCUGUUUUGUAUCUUUUUACAUUAUUGAAUUAAUAAGUCAGCUUAUUAAUUAA